AUGGCCGAAUCAGAGCCCGAGGUGAGCUUUGAUGUAAGCACCCUCAGCGGCCGUUCCGCCACACUGCGCUGCGCACCAACUGCUACGCUGGGGUCCCUGGCACCGCUGAUCGCCAAGGAGCUGGGCCUUGAUGCGGCCUACGGGCUGCGUUGCUUCCGCUCUGCAGGCAGCGACUACCACUUGCCGGACAGCGCCCUGGCAUCAGAGCUAGCUUCCGGCUCCAUUGUAGUGGUUGCCAACUCCGAGCCCCAGUGGUGCUCUGACCAAUGUUUCACAAUGCUUGCCGGCGCUAGCCGGGGUGGAGAAGAUGAAAGCUGCGAAACACGCCUGGAGAUCCAUGCAGGCGGCAGAUUCGUGUACAAUCAGAUCUUCACCGUGGGUGGUGAGGAAACUGAAUGA